AAAAAAAGAAAAGAAGGACCUAAAGGAAGAGAAGGAAGGGAGAGGAAAGAUCGACGUCCGGCUAGGCGGCGUUCACUUGGCGUGGCAUUGGGUAUUGUUUGACGUGGACAUCUUUUUAUCUAGGGAAAGGUAAACUGCGUACCUCUGUACACCAUGGGAGCCUCUGAGGAAGGGAAGAAUGAGCCUGAACAGCUUCGCAAGCUGUUCAUUGGGGGUCUUGAUUACCGCACCACUGAUGACUCAAUGAAAGAAUACUUCGAGCAGUGGGGAGAAGUUGUUGAUGUUGUCGUCAUGAAGGACCCUAAAACUCGAAGGUCUCGUGGGUUUGGUUUUAUCACAUAUGCCCAAGCACACAUGGUUGAUGCUGCUAUGUCAGCAAGACCACAUAAAAUUGACGGAAGAGAAGUUGAAUCCAAACGAGCUGUUCCUAGAGAGGAUAUUGGUCGCCCAGAAGCAGGUGCUACAGUGAAGAAACUUUUUGUUGGUGGUGUUAAAGAUGCACACACUGAAGACAACCUUCGAGAUUAUUUCAGCCAAUUUGGCAAUGUUGUGUCAGUGAGCAUUGUACUGGACAAAGAAACUGGAAAGAAACGAGGCUUUGGAUUUGUUGAGUAUGACGAUCACGAUGCUGUUGACAAAGUUGUGCUUCACAAGAACCACCAUGUUUGUGGACAUUCAGUGGAUGUGAAGAAAGCCAUUAGCAAAGCAGAACUACAGGCUGGAGGUGGACCACGGGGUGGAAGAGGCGGCGGCGGUGGAGGCGGCGGCGGCGGUGGCGGUGGUUCUGGAGGCUGGGGCGGCAACGACUCCUGGGGAGGCAGAGGAGGAGGUGGUGGCGGCGGCGGCAACAGCUGGGGAGGUCAAGGCAGUUAUGGAGGUGGACCAUGGGAUAAUCAGGGCGGAGGCGGAGGUUGGGGAAACCAAGGAGGCGGUAACCAGAGUUGGGGAAGUGGAAUGUCAGGUGGUGGAGGAUAUGGAGAAGGUGGAUAUGACAACUAUAACCAGCAAGGAUAUGGUGGUGGUCCAGUACGUAACAACUAUGGUUCUUCCAACCGAAGCCAGCCCUAUGGUGGCGGUGGCGGCGGUGGCGGCGGCGGAGGAUAUGGUGGUGGAUCCGGCGGCUAUGGAGGAGGCUCCCGCCGAUACUAGUUUCUGCUUGCGGGUAGUUCAUGGAGUCAGGCAGGCAGGCAGACAGGCAAGGGAGGUUAGGCAGUUAGAAGACAGCCUAAAGCUCUAUGAGCCACACAACAGCCCAGGAGCAGGAGCAGAACAGGAAUCCAUCUUAUGUAGUGCGAAGUACCUAGUGCAAUAAGACUGUGAGAAACAAGCGCCACAUGCUUCACAGAUCUUGCAUAUUAAGUUAACUGUCCAUUAAAUGAAAGAUUUUCCCCAUUUUA